UCAAAAACUACUUAUAUAUUUUUGGCUCUAUUCUCUUAACGAGUAAAACUCUUUCUUGGGUCAUAUGAUAAUUCGAAGGAAGAAGAAGAAGAAGUAACAUCAAUCUCAUCAAUGUCUAUAAGAAAGUGUCUCGUUCUCCCAAAGUGCUUUGGCAAGAAGAAAAAGAAGAAGAAUACGAAGAACACUACCAAUAACUACAACAAAAUGGACACCAUAGCCAAAAAAUGGAGAUAUCUGAGUGGCCAAAACAACUGGAAAGACUUGUUGGACCCUCUCAACAUAGAUCUCAGGCGAUACAUAAUUCACUAUGGAGAAAUGGCUCAAGCAUCGUACGACGCUUUCGACACUGAGAAAGCGUCGAAAUUCGCUGGGAGUAGUCGCUUCGGUAGGAAGAGCUUCUUCGAAGAGGUUGGCCUAGUGAAAGGCAACCCCUUCGAGUACAGUGUGACCAAAUUCUUGUAUGCAACUUCUCAUGUGAAUGUGCCAGAUGCUUUUCUAAUAAGGUCUCUGUCUAGAGAGGCUUGGAGCAAGGAAUCGAAUUGGAUGGGCUAUGUGGCUGUGGCCACAGAUGAAGGAAAGGCUGCUCUUGGAAGAAGGGAUAUUGUGAUUUCUUGGAGAGGUACUGUACGAACAUUGGAGUGGAUCAAUGAUUUUGAGUUUGAUUUGGUUUCACCUUUGAAGAUUCUUGGUGAUGAUUAUGGUGGUGAUCCUAAGGUUCAUCAAGGAUGGUAUUCCAUUUACACUUCUGAUGAUCCUCGUUCUCAAUUCAAUAAAAUUAGUGCCAGAGAACAGGUUCUUAAUGAGAUCAGAAGACUAGUUGAGCUCUACAAGAACGAAGAAAUCAGCAUAACCAUCACCGGCCACAGCUUGGGCGCCGCAAUCGCUACUCUAAACGCAGUGGACAUAUUGGCCAACGGAUACAACAAGCCAACUAUGUCCACUGCGACAUGUCCGGUCACUGUCUUCGUCUUCGCCAGCCCUCGAGUCGGAGACAGUGAUUUCAAGAAGCUAUUUUCAUCCUACCGAGAUCUUCGAGCUUUGCGAGUUCGAAACGCCUCAGAUAUCGUCCCAAACUAUCCCUUCAUUGGGUUCUCGGACGUGGGAGAAGAGUUGGAGAUAGACAAUCGCAAGUCCAAGUACCUCAAGAGCCCCGGAAGCGUUUCGAGUUGGCACAAUUUGGAGGGUUACUUGCAUGGAGUUGCGGGGACGCAAGGGAGCAAAGGAGGGUUCCGCUUGGAAGUUGAUAGAGAUAUUGCUUUGGUGAACAAGAGUAUGGAUGCGUUAAAGGACGAGUAUCUUGUCCCGGGUUCUUGGCGAUGUGAGAAGAAUAAGGGAAUGGUUCAACAAGAUGAUGGUUCUUGGAGGUUGAUGGAUCAUGAGGAGGAAGAUGAUUGAUGUUUUUUCUUUUCUUUUCCUAUAAGUACUAUUGUUGGAAUGAUGAUGUAUGAGCUUUGAUUUAAUGUAGGGAUAAAAGAAAACUAAUUAUUAUGUUGAAAGAUUUGGAUUUGGAUUU